CAAUUCAUCGUUCUUGCGUUUGUAGUUAGGGUUUUCCCAGUUCACUGAAUUAAGAUAAGGGGCACUAAAAUAUCCAGACAUUCACAAGAACAAACCCCGAUAUUUUUGCCUCAACAAAACCCUCAUUCCAUCCUCUCUCUCUCUCUCUCUCUCUCUCUCUCAGGCACCAUGGCAGCAACUCUCUCCAGAGCAGUAGAUGUCCACUGCACUCUACAAGCCACUUCAGAUUCAAAUCGCCCAUUUUUCCUCACCUCUCCAUUAAUAAGGCUCCCCAACAGAAGGAGAUUCUUCACCAUCUCAUGUUCCUCCUCCUCCUCCUCCUCUAGAUAUCCCCCCAAACCCCCACCUGAUUAUGAAGACAUUCACCCACAAAACCCAUCUCUAUCUGACCAACUCAAGUCCCUUUCCACCACCCUCCUCAAUCAAACCCCCCAGCAAGCCCAGCUCCAAACCAAGCCUAAAUCCACCUGGGUCAACCCAACCAGGCCUAAACCCUCUGUCCUCAACCUCCAAAGGCAGAAAAAGUCUCAGCAGCACUUGUACAAUCCUCAGGUCAGAGACCUCAAGCACUUUGCCAGGAAGCUGGAUGAGUGUGAAAACUCUGAAGCUGCUUUCAUGGCAGCUAUUGAAGAUAUGCCUCACCCACCCAGCAGAGAAAAUUCACUCUUGGUGCUCAACAGCUUGAGGCAAUGGCAAAAGACCCUCCUUUUCUUCAACUGGAUCAAGACCCAGAAGCUGUUUCCCAUGGAGACAAUCUUCUACAACGUAGCAAUGAAGUCCUUGAGGUUUGGCAGGCAGUUUCAGCUCACGGAAGAUCUUGCCUAUGAUAUGAUUGAUAAUGGGAUUGAGCUUGAUAACAUUACUUACUCCACUAUAAUCACUUGUGCCAAAAGGUGUAGCCUUUUUGACAAGGCUGUGGAGUGGUUUGAGAGGAUGUACAAGACUGGUUUGAUGCCUGAUGAGGUCACGUACUCCGGUGUUAUAGACGUGUAUGCUCAACUGGGCAAAGUUGAGGAGGUGAUGAGUCUGUAUGAGAGAGGGAGGGCAAGUGGGUGGGCACCUGACCACAUUGCAAUUGCUGUGUUGGGGAAGAUGUUUGGUGAAGCUGGGGACUAUGAUGGAAUUAGGUAUGUGCUUGAUGAGAUGAAGUCUCUUGGGAUGCAGCCCAAUUUGGUUGUGUACAACACGUUGUUGGAAGCAUUGGGGAAAGCUGGGAAGCCUGGUUUGGCAAGAAGUUUAUUCUUAGAAAUGAUCGAAUUGGGGGUAACCCCGAACGAGAAAACCCUAACCGCGUUGGUUAAGAUUUAUGGCAAGGCUAGGUGGGGGAGAGAUGCGCUGGAUUUGUGGGAGCGAAUGAGGUCGAAUGGCUGGAAAAUGGAUUACAUUUUGUGCAACACAUUGCUGAGCAUGUGUGCUGAUCUAGGAUUGGAGGAGGACGCGGAGAGGUUGUUUGAUGAUAUGAAGGGAUCGAUGACUUUUAAGCCGAAUAGUUGGAGCUACACCGCGAUGCUCAACACAUACGGCAGUUUGGGGAAUGUAGAUAAGGCGAUGAAGUUGUUCGAUGAAAUGUCUGAGACAGGUGUUGAGGUGAAUGUCAUGGCAGUGACUUGUUUGAUACAAUGCUUGGGGAGGGCUAAGAGGAUUGAUGACUUAGUUAGGGUCUUCGAGUUCGCAAUGGAAAGAGGUGUUCAGCCAGAUGAUAGGAUGUGCGGAUCCUUGAUGUCUAUCAUUUCAUAUUUCGAAGAAGGCAAAGAUGUCGAUAAGGUCCUUGCUCUUUUACAACACGCAAACCCAGAAUUAGUUUCGUUCAUCAAAUUGCUAGAGGAAGAAAAAACUAGUUUUGAAACCAUCAAAGAGGAGUUUAAAGGCAUAAUGAGGGCCACAGAGGUCGAAGCACGAAGACCCUUCUGCAAUUGCUUGAUUGAUAUAUGUCGAGACGGGAAUCUCCAUGAGAGGGCCCACGAGCUGCUUUACAUGGGGACAGUAUACGGUUUGUAUCCGGGAUUGCACACAAAGACGCCUGAUGAAUGGCGACUGAAUGUCCGAUCGUUGUCAGUUGGUGCGGCCAACACAGCAUUUGAAGAAUGGAUGGGGACCGUAACAAAAGUCAUUGAGCAGAAAGAAGAAUUGCCAAAACUGUUUACUGCUAGCACUGGUGCAGGAACACACAAGUUGGCACAAGGACUGGCUAGUGCUUUUGAAUCUCAGGUGAAGAGACUUGCUGCACCGUUUAGGCAGAGUGAAGAGAAAGCUGGGGUUUUUCUUGCAACAAGAGAAGAUAUAAUAGCAUGGGCACAAUUGAAGGCUCCAUCUCUCGCUAUCACCUCAUAAGAUCGGUACAUUUGUAUCAUGUUAUACAAUUGUAACUCAUUUAGAAAAUUUUAUAGAAUCUUGAUCUUGGUAGAACAAA